UUCAUUUGCAGCCACGAUUAUUGUGUUGUGUGAACGAUAACCGAAAUCGAACACCACAGAAGCAAAACGAUAACGGCAUCUUUGAAAUUUCGUGAUUCUGAAAUGUACAGCAAAUGCGUCGAAUUAUUUCAUGGAUUCAAGGAUGGUAAAUGGUCCACGAAAGACAAGUUGGAACAGUAUCGUGGAAUCUUGAAGUUACACGGUCGUGAAAAGAAGUUGCGAUUGCAGGACGGUGUCAAAUUAAAGAAGAAGAUAUCAUGGCAAUUAGGUUUGUUUCGAGAAGAUGUGAAAAAGUACCGCCAACUCGUCAGCGACGUCGAAAGUCGAGCGCAUAGAGUGUUACAGAAUCGCAUAGAUCUACGGUUAAAGUGCCAUGGUCGCGAAACCGAGAUUUACACGAUUAUUUCUGAGGAUAAUCAUAGAAACCGCCGUCGACUGGAUAAGCUUCGUUACGAGAAAAGAAGGAGAAUGAAGCGUUGUUUCGAGUUGCAGUUGGAACAAGCAAAAUUAUGCGACAGUUAUACGCGAGAACGCGACAUACCGUGGGUUCAGGCUGAAACGCACCAGCAGCAAUUAAUAGCGCGUUAUCAACAGGCUAUAGCGAAGCAAAACGCAGCGAAGGCGAUCAACAUAACGUACAGCUGUAUGCUUGAAAUUUUAAGACAGGACGCGGUGCACCACGACGCUUUGUUAGACUUGUUGAAACAAGAUCGACGAAGUCAGUGCGAGGUGAUACUUAAAGCAACGAUAAUGGGACAGCUCGCGAUCGAAGAAUCCGACGACAUAGGGAAAAAAUGUAAACGAAUCACCCGAAAAGUUUGGAACAAUAUGAAGGAAAGGGAACGUACGUUGACGUUUGUUCGCGGGCAAGUUGAAGAUUUAUGGUCGUACGCGCAAUCGUUGAUACGAACCGAAAGCGAAACAAUGUUUACCGUGGAGGUGAGGCGCGCUUCGAUGGCAUCGAACGGAUCACUAGAGAAGCAAAUCAAAUCUUUGGAAGAAAUAUUCGAUAAAGUGAAAGAAUCGUUGUUGGUGCGAUCCUAUCGGGAAUUAUUGUCGAGAUUGGAAGAACAAAUGAAACAAAGGACACGAUUACUCGAACAGUUCGAUCGAAACGUGAAGGAACGCGAACUGUUGUUGACUCGGAAGAAUGAAGCUUUAUCCGGUCUCUCUGAAAUCGAGCACUCUCUUGUCGCUCGCGUAGAAGAAUAUAACGCGGAUAGGGAUGCGUUACUCGAACGAAUCGCGAUGCAACAGCAACGACGACUCGAACACAAGAAUUUAAGAAAAGACCGUGGCGAAUUGUUGAUGAACAUACGAGCAGCCCUACAAAACAUGGUUGCUAUGCUGAUCUAUGUAAGGAGGGGAACAGUUAAGACACCGAAAAAACAAACAGAUAAAAAGUCCUCGAAGGAAGAUAAGGAUGACACGGAAGAAUUGGAAUCUGUUAUCCCAACGAUGGUUAAAGUUGACGCGGAAGGUUUAGCGUUAUUGUCGACUGUAAGCCGAAAAGUAGGAGCACUCUUUGGAAUGAGUAAUUUCGAGUUUGACAAGGACAGAGAUGACAGAGCGAAAGACUUGUACCAAACUUACGUCUCCGACUAUAAUUCGAAAUUGAAAUUUAAAGACGAGAAAGCAGAAACUAGAGGUUUUAUCGUCGAGCAUGAAGCGAUUGAUUCCUCGGUAUUGACCAGGACCGAGAUCAAAUUAAGAAGCAGACAAGCUGUCGAAACUUACACGCGAAUAGAAUAAAAUUCUGAUUAUGCGAUAGUAUUAAUUUUUCUCUUCGAGGAAUGCGUAAGGACUGACGAUACUCGCUGAAUUUCUAUAUGGUAUGCACUCACAGUUUAUUUACAUAGGCCUAUUAGCAAAUAUGUUAUUUCAUAUCGUUGAUUCGUCCGAAUCCGAGACGUUCUCUUUUUAUUUGCGUUUUCAACCAUGAAGGUACGCUAUCAUCGAUAGGGCAAGCAUUGGGAUACUUUAAAGGUGGCUUUGGUUCUCUGAAAGGAUGAACAUUCUUCAAUUUUCUCAAUAGAAAAUAUUUCAUUGUCUCUUUCGGAUCUCUGUAAUAAUCCAAAUAAAGAUUAAAUGGCUGUUUCAAUGGAAACCAUUCCUGUGAUCUCACGUAUGGUUUUGGAAAGUUGUACUGAAAUAUCGGUUCCUCUGCGUCUGUGCAAAAAGAAAACGAGAGAUCCUCUGGAUUUGUUCUUGAGUGAUUUCAAUUUGAUUAUAGCAGAGACAAAGAUGUAGACAUACAUACCUAACGACGAAUGAUAAAAUUCUGUUACCGUAGGAUCCCAAUCGCUUUGAAAAAACGCUAACCCCGCGGGUGUAAGAUUCUCUUGAUGUUCCCGAUAAAAUUCUAGAGUAUUCCAAUCGCGUUCUUUCAAAUCUAGACUACAAUAGAAAAGCGUGAACGAUGUAUCGCGUAUCGAAUAUAUUUCAUAUGUUCUCCUUGAAAAUUCAUUAUUUACCAUGGUUGAGUUUUUUUAUAUUUUGUAUAGUCCAAAGGUUGGUUUUGCUUGUACAGCACAAAUAUGUAUCGGUAAUAACCAAUUCCUCUGGAUGGAAUUGGUUUUAAAUAAUCCACUAUUUGUUCACCGUGUUCCACUUUGUUUCCAGGAAUGUUUCCCCUGAGAAGCAGGAAGCGUGACACACCUUUGUUCUUGUGAAAUGGUUAUUUACAAUGUUAAAAUAAAUUAAUCGCAAACUCACAGAAACCAAUGACAGUACUCGUUAUUUGAAUUUUGCAAGUUACCAUCGGGAGUACUCAUUAUUAAAGUCCAUAAAGUAUCUGUUUUUGUUUCAUAAUUAACAAUUGGGUGUUGUCGUGCCUCGUUAGGUUUUAUAACAUUCCCUGUAAAAACUCUGACAAAUGUAUCAUCCUCGAUUCUAUAAUCUACUUCUAACGGUACAACAGGUUUGAAGUAUGCGUAUCCGAAUAAAUGUUGGAAGACUCCGUAGUGUUCAGCAAUUUUAUGUAAAUGUAAAGGUCUCACUGUUUUUGUCCAUAUAUCCUUUACUUGAUUUAAAUCGACGGAUACUACAGGAAAUUAAAACAAUUUUACUGUUAUAAAAUUAUAUGUAAAACUAUUAUGUAUACACGUGAAAUAUAUGAAAAGUUUC